AUGCCCCCGGACACCCAGGCGGACAAGGAGUUGCGGAUGGAGACCAGGGCGGACAAAUCCCCACAGCAGAACCUCAUGGAAGAGGCUGUUUUGAGCAGCUCCAUGGCACAAGAAUCCAAUGGGGAGGAAAAUCCCCAGAGAUCCCACAGGAGGAGGUGUUCCAAACACAGCCCAGGGUGCUCUGAAGAGGAAAGACCCACCCUGGGCCAGGAAGGUGGACAGAGCUUCAGCCAGGGCUCAGAGCUGGUGGUGCAUGAGCAGCUUCACCGUGGGGAGAAGCCCUACAAGUGCUUGGAGUGUGGGAAGAGCUUCAGCCAGAGCAGCACCCUGAUCUGCCACCACAUGAUCCGCACCAGGCAAUGGCCCUACGAGUGUGGGGAAUGUGGGAAGGGCUUCAGCUGCACUUCAGAACUCAUUCAGAACAGCUCAGAACUCAUCAGGCACCAACGCAUCCACACUGGGGAGAGGCCCUACAAGUGUCCCCAGUGUGGGAAGAGAUUUUGGAUCAGCUCCCAUCUCGUCCUGCAUGAGCGGAUUCACACUGAGGAGAGGCCCUUCCGCUGCCCUGACUGCGGGAAGGGAUUCCAACGCAACUCCCACCUCAUCAUCCACCAGCGCAUCCACACCGGGGAGAGGCCCUACAAGUGUCCCCAGUGUGGGAAGAGCUUCUCACACAGCUCUACCUUGACACGACACCAACGGAGGCAUCAGUAA